UCAAAGAAAUCUGUGUUAUAGUAAAACACUUGAGUUUCUUUCAGGUCCUGCUGUGUCUUACUACCAGAGUCUGUUGUCUUCGGGUCUCUGUAUAGAUGUUAUUCUUGCUCAGCUGUGCCUGAAACCUAAAGGGAGGAGGGAUGAUGAGGCCUGCCUGACCCUCACUUCCUAUCACAGCCUGGACUAGUUUUUCAGGCUAGCUUUGGAAUGCCCUUGGGUGAGAGGUGGGGUCCAUUCAGAUGGCUGGGGAGCUUAGAAUUUUGAUUUUGGUUUCCAAGAGACAGCAGUUGGGGUAUCCCCAGCAGGAAGGAGAAGGAGGCUGUCUGGAGGAAGGAGCACCAACCACGCACAAAGGACUGGCAGUGGGCAGUCAGGGAUGGGAAAGAAGGUGAAAGAGCAGAGAAAAGGGAGGGCCAUGGCUGGUGGGGACCCAAUGCAGCCUAAGCGACAUCCAGCCCUACCAACUCAAUCCUGAGGGGCCCAGGGUUCCUCUUGGUUCAUGUGAGGAAGGAGUGCUCACUCCCUCUAGGUGGAUGACGCCACAGUCAAACCCAAGGCUAGGACAGUUAUGCGACUCCUACUCCCCCAGAACGUGGCCUGGAGCAGGUGCUGUAGACAGAGCCAGUCACAGCAGAGGCUCCAUGGCCAGCAGAAAUGAUGUCGCUGUCCAGUGCUGCCCCUGCUGCUUAUAAUGUCCUUUGAGCAGCUGCUAGUGCUCAGGGUGGCAUCCAGGCCCCGCCUUCAGACCCCAGUCCCAGAUCUGCCCUGGGAGACCAGCCAGGGCCAUGGACAGGGAAGGUCCCCAGGAGGUAGCUCACAGCCAAGAACUCCUGCUGGCUGUCCUCCCGCAAAGCUGCUGUAAGGCCAGCAAAGGCUCAGAUGAGGGAAGAGAGGUAUGGGAAGAGGGCAGAAUCCAUGCUUCUCAAACUGUGCCACUCCAUGGUCAGAAGGCUCUCUACUGUUUUGACACACCACUCUUGUUGGCCCUGCUCUGCAUCCCUGUGUCCUGUGUGGACAGCAUCGAGGGCUGAAGGGAAGAAAAAGAGGUCGGGAAUGGGACUUCCUCUCAUCCGCUGCCAGCCUGUAGGGUCACUAAAGCUGGCUCUUUCUACCCACUGAAGGGCACUGCCUCUUUCAAGGUAGCCCUGUCUACACUACUCUUUCUGGGUUCCAGGGACCAUUCCCACUCUUUUCCAUGCAGGCCAGGGAUCUGCUACUACCAUCGGGUGCCUGUGUUACCCUCAGGGUUCUCUACACUCUGCUCGCACCUUUAUUAAUCGUCCCUUUAUUAAACCCCCCUUAGAUGCCCUGGUUUGCAAGAACUGGCCUUACUUCUGCACAAGCAGUCCUGGCUCUGGAUUUGGAGCAUGGGCAGACCCAUGUGUCCCACAAAAACUCCUCCUACCUCAGGUCCCAGCCAGGUGGGAGGCCACUCUUUGCUUGUCUUGUCUCCUCCAGCCCACCAGCCAGACUUCAGGGUUCCAGGUCCAAGUGCCUCAGGCCAGAGCCUCAUUCCCACAGGGCACUCUUCCUUUGUGACUUCACCCACUGAAGUCACCUGGGAGACAGUGCCAAAGUUCCACCCCAGAGUCUUGGGUUCUAGGAGGCAGGAACAGCAGGCCUGGCCAGCCCAAAGGACUCUGUCCAGGACGUAAAUGAGCAUACUGCUGGCCCAUGCCCCUUGGGGCUGUAGAGGGCAGCCUCAGAGGCACUGGGCACUCCCAGUAUUAUGGAGGACGCUGCAGUCCUCAAGCGACGAGGCUACCUCCUGGGGAUACAUUUAGGAGAGGGCUCCUAUGCAAAAGUAAAAUCCGCUUACUCUGAGCGCCUGAAGUCCAACGUGGCGAUCAAGAUCAUCGACCGCAAGAAAGCCCCCGCAGACUUCUUGAAGAAAUUCCUUCCCCGGGAACUUGAGAUUCUGGCCAUGUUAAACCUCUGCUCCAUCAUCAAGACCUAUGAGAUCUUUGAGACAUCACAUGGUAAGGUCUACAUUGUCAUGGAGCUCACGGUCCAGGGCGACCUCCUCGAGUUAAUCAAAACCCGGGGAGCCCCGCACGAGGACGAGGCUCGCAAGAAGUUCCACCAGCUCUCCUUGGCCAUCAAGUACUGCCACGACCUGGAUUUCAUCCACUGGGACCUCAAGUGUGACAACCUUCUCCUCAACAAGGACUUCAACAUCAAGCUCUGCCUGAGGGACGACAAUGGUCGAAUGACAUUAAGCAAGACCUUCUGCGGGUCACCAGCCUAUGCAGCCCCUGAGGUGCUACAGGGCAUCCCCUACCAGCCCAAGGUGUAUGACAUCUGGAGCCUGGGCAUGAUCCUCUACAUCAUGGUCUGCGGCUCCAUGCCCUACGACGACUCCAACAUUAGGAAGAUGGUGCGUAUACGGAAGGAGCACCGCGUCAACUUUCCACGCUCCAAGCACCUGACAGGCGAGUGCAAGGACCUCAUCUACCGCAUGCUGCAGCCAGACGUCAACCGGCGGCUCCACAUCGACGAGAUCCUCAGCCACUGCUGGAUGCAGCCCAAGGCAUGGGGACUGCCCUCUGUGACCACCAACAAGGACAGGGAGAGCUCCCGAGGAACUGAAACCUUGAGGACCCCCGAACCUGACUCUGAUAAGAGGUCUGCCAACAAGCUGGAGCCGGAGGGAGAGACACAGCCCCAGGCACAGCCUGAGACAAAACCCAAGGGGGCGGAAACACCGAUGUCCAGGCAGUCAGAGAUCCCGGGUUUCCCCAAUGAGCAGUCGACCAGGGAGACAGAGGAAGGGCCCCCCACCCCAUGGCUUCCAGAGAACCGGGCCUAGUGAACUUCUUGCGGCCCAGGGAAUGCAAUGAAGCUCACAGCUUCAAGGCCGAGCUCUGAAGAAGUCAACGGUCCAGCGGGAGAAUGAAGGCAGGCCCAGAUGAGCGGCUAUUUUCAUUGGUUUCUUCUCACUCCCCUUGAACUUGGUAACCCAUAUGGCUCUCCAGUGGCCCCUAGGUGAAUGAGGCCAAAGUCAAAUCCAAGGCUGAGAUAGUUGUGCGACUCCUACUCCUCCAGGGCGUAAGCCGGAGCAGGUGCUGGACACAGGGCCUGUCUCAGCAGACUGGCCCCACUGGCCGCAGUGGCCCUGUGACAGCAUGAGCAGGAAAAGCAGCAGGAAGGCACCGCUGUUGGCCUUGAGCACCAUUUAUCCUCCUUUCAUCAUCCCCGGGGCAGCUGCGUGACCCUGCUGGAAGGCUGAACCGGGCCGGACUGAGGGUCAGGGGACUGGGACGGGCUGAGGGUCGGGCGGGGCUGGUCGGGGACGAGGCGCCAGAGGCUGCGGGAAAGAGCUUGGGCUGGGCGGCGGGCUCGCUGGCACUCUCGGAGGCAGCCUCAGGCUCCAACGCCAGCCCCAGGCUCCGACGCCAGCCCGGCACAAGAUCCAUAAACUUUUAAAGAAGCCUCAAAACAUACUUUUAAAGCAUUAAGCUUUAAAGUGCUAGAAAUCUUGUGCCCCAUAUGUGCUUCUUUCAGUAUUAGAUCCUCAGGAGUAGCAUGGCAACUGGAGAAAAUGGGAGGAAAGACAAGAAGAAAUAGAAGCUGACUUAACAUC